AUGGUGGCUCAUGCGGCAUUGGUUUCUCUCCUGCAGAUUGUGGAUAGCAUUCUCCAUCCAGCUGCUGGAGCAAGGCGGAUUUCCCACAACAGAGCCCAACUGAAAUCCCUCCACGAAAAGGUGAGUUUCUUGUUGGGUUUCCUUGAAAAUUCUUCAUCUCAUCGUGGGAAAGGCAAAGACCCGGAAUUAGAUGGUAUGGAAACAAUGAUAACAAAGGCAGCUUAUGCUGCAGAAGAUGUAAUUGAAUCCGACAUCCACGACCAGAUUGUUGCAGAGCCAGAAUCUAUCCUUGCUCUCUUCUGCUUGUUUUUCAUCUUGUUUCGAUUGCUGCUUGCCUUUUCUCCUCUAAGAGAUGAUGUUAUCCGAUUCUUUAAUAUUCCCGUCGCGUAUGUUACCGCACUCCUAUCGUUGUUACCUCUGACCUUCCAGAAUUUGAUAUUUGUGUUGGGCCGGUUUUUUAUUCCUCUCCUAGUUCAUAUUUUGUCAAGCUCAAUCGCGAUGCCUUCUGAGGUCAUAUUUAUCAUUCUCCUGCUAGCGCAUGAAGUGAUGCCUAUUGCGUCAAAAUAUUUUCUAUAUGCUCAUCAGCCGGAAAAUCAAGAUUUGCGUCGGGCAAUGGAUGAUUUCAGUUUUAUCAUGAAUGAGGCGAUUAAGAUUAAGGAUGCCUUUGGUUUGGAUAAGCCGACUCAGUAUCAUGCUUAUGAUGGUGAUGGUUUUUCUAGAGGUAUAGGGAAGAAUAUUGUGGUGGGACUUGAUAGUGAUUUGAAUGAGAUCCUUGCUCGAUUAAUUGGAUAUCCAUCCGAGCUUCAAAUUGUGACAAUUUUGGGAAUGGGGGGCAUUGGUAAAACUACUCUCGCCAGACAAGUUUAUGAUGAUCCUCGUGUAGUUGAUCACUUUGAUAUAUGUGCUUGGGUGACUGUUUCUCAAGAGUAUUCUCUACGUCAAGUCAUGCUAGGCCUUCUAGAUUCUGCAAAGAUACGGGCAGAAGAGAUAUUGCGGAAUCACAAAGAUGAUGAGUUGGAUUAUAUGCUAGGUGAGCAUCUCUACAAGAAUCUGAUGAGCAGGAGGUAUCUUGUAGUAGUGGAUGACAUGUGGGAUACAAUUAUUUGGGAUUUUGUGAGUAGAUUUUUUCCUGAUAACCAAAAUGGAUGUCGAGUUCUUUUGACUACUCGGCUAUCAGAAGUUGCCUCCUAUGCAUUCUCUGGUAGCCCUCCUCUUAAAAUACAGUUCCUCAAUGAUGAUGAUAGUUGGCAUUUACUACGUGAAAAGGUUUUUGGAGGAGAAGAUUGUCCUUGGGCAUUGGAAGCCAUUGGAAGGUCGAUUGCUCGGGAUUGUAGAGGACUUCCUCUGGCAAUUGUUGUAGUUGGUGGUCUCUUGUAUAAUGAACACCGAACAGAGGGAGACUGGACUCGUGUAUCAAAAGAUUUACAUUCAAUAUUGAGUAAAGAUGAUGAGAAAUGUUUGGAGACACUAGGUUUGAGUUAUAACCACCUGCCUCAACGUCUGAAACCAUGUUUCUUGUAUAUGGGGGCCUUCCUGGAAGACGAGGAGAUCCCUGUCACUAAGCUAUUCAACUUAUGGGCUGCAGAGGGAUUUUUGGAACCAAGUAAAUCCAAAAGCUUGGAAGAGGUGGCAGAGGAGUAUCUCAAAGAUCUUAUACAAAGAAGCCUGAUUAUGGUUGGUAAGUGGAGUUGUAAUGGCAAGAUUAAAACUUGCAAGAUUCAUGAUCUGUUACGAGAUGUGAGCAUCCUAAAUGCUCACAAGGAAAAUUUUCUUGAUUUUGGUGGUGAGGAUGCGGAGAUAGGUCAUGGUGGCCAUAAUUGGGAUGAGACUCUUUAUAGAGAAAGCACCCCUUUAGCCAAUCUUUUUGAUUUUCCCAGCGAUUGGGAGACAGGUGGUGGUCGGGCUAAGCGUAGGCUAAUCACCCAUGUUCGUGCUUUUGGCCAGAGAAGUCGUUAUCCCAUGGCUCGUUCUUUUAUAUGUUUUGGUGAUGGUUCUUAUGGUCUACCACAAUUUUAUGUAGGUUUUAGACUUCUCCGAGUGCUAGAUAUAGUCACGCAUGGUUUGUAUGAGCUCCCGGAUGAAAUUUUCAACCUUGUCCUUCUGAGAUACCUUGGGCUCACUUACGACUACCCCCUUCCUUCGUCCAUAUCCCGACUCUGGAAUCUACAGACGAUUGUCUUUUACAAUGGAAGAUACGGUAGGGGGCUCCAGGUUCCUGUUGAGAUAUGGAGUAUGCCGAAUUUGAGGCAUCUCUAUCUCAAGGCAAAUUUGUUGCCUGAUCCGCCUGCUCAGCGACUUCUCAGGAGUAGCAAUGUUCUGGGAAACUUGCAAACGCUUGUGGGAAUAUCAGACUUCCGAUGCACCAAAGGCAUCCUCAAAAGUAUCCCAAAUCUGAAGAAACUAGGUAUUUUGUAUGACAUCGCCUCUUGGUCAGAAUACCAGCUUGAGUCUCUUGUCAAUCUACACAAACUCGAGACGUUGAAGAUCAGUGUGGAAUACCGUCUUAAAACAUCAAUCGUGCAUCCUCCAAAGCUUGCAUUCCCUCAGAAGCUUGAAAGAUUAACUCUUAGUGGUUGCAGAAUUCCUUGGGAAGGCAUGACAAGUGCCGGAGCAUUGCCUAAUCUACAAGUGCUGAAACUAAGAAAUUUUGCAUGCCAAGGUCGAGAAUGGGAGCCGGUUGAAGGGGAGUUCUGUCAACUUAUGUUCCUUCUCAUUGAAGACACAGAUCUUGUGCAGUGGAGAAGUAACGAAACCCACUUCCCGCGUCUCCAACGCCUAAUUCUGAGGCGGUGCAGCAAGCUGGAGGCAGUUCCUUGUGGUAUGGGUGAUAUUGCAACACUAGAAAGGAUGGAGUUGAUUGAUUGCCACUCUUCUGCUGUGGCUUCGGCCAGAGAAAUACUAGAGGAACAACGCCAAAUGGGAAACGAGGAUCUCAAGAUUCAUAUUCAAGAAAACAAUUUUUGA